CACAAUCAAACGCAGAUGGCCCCACCAUAUUCCUCCUCUUCAAAAAACCCGGACCAGUCUGAUCAUUUCCGCAGCUUCAAACUCUUUCUUCUCUCCGGCGCCGAAUCCCAUCCAACGGCGGAGCUCGGCCUAAAAAUGGACGGUCAGAAAAGCCAGCUGAAGCUCACUAGAACCAACUCCUCCCUUCUCCGCUCCUCCCCCACCGUCCGUUCAUCGAUUCAGAGCCUUUCGUCAGUGAGCGAGAUUGAUUCCGAUCAAGAAAUAGCAGACCUCGAGGAGCAGAAGCCUCACCGAAAUCCACGCCCACCACCUGUUCGACCUAAUCCCCUCCCGUUUCUCGCCUUUCUCCUCCUUCUUCUCUACGCUUUUCUCAACUGGGACGGCGCCUCCACCUCGGAGAGUCUCCUCCUUGCCUUAAUCCUCGUCGCGGCGUUGCUCUUCCUCGUUUCGAGAAACAGGGUUUUGAUUGGGAGAAGCUUCGUUUUGUGUAAGGGGCUCUGUGAUGGGAGAUUGGGGCUUUCGUGUUGCUGUUUUACCUCGAAGAGUCAAGCCAAGCCGGUGCAGUGGUUCAUCGGUGAGCCGAAUUCGGAGGAAUUGGAGGAGAAUGAAGAGGUUGUUGUGGUGAGGGAAGGUGUGGAGUGUUACACCAAUGGCGAUUUCUACGAGGGUGAGUUUCACAAUGGGAAGUGCAAUGGGAGUGGGGUUUAUAGCUUCGUUGUGAACGGGAAAUACGAAGGGGAUUGGGUUGAUGGGAGGUAUGAUGGGUAUGGGAUUGAGAGCUGGGCGAAGGGGAGUAAGUAUAGAGGGCAGUAUAAGCAAGGGCUGCGCCAUGGAUACGGGGUGUACAAGUUUUAUACGGGGGAUUCGUAUGCCGGAGAGUGGUGUAAUGGGCAGAGCCAUGGCGUUGGAGUGCAGACUUGCGCGGAUGGGAGCUGUUACGUUGGGGAGUUCAAGUAUGGUGUUAAGCAUGGCCUUGGAUGCUACCAUUUCAGGAAUGGAGAUAGAUAUGGUGGGGAGUAUUUCGGAGACAAAAUCCACGGCUUCGGAGCUUACCACUUCGCCAACGGCCACUGCUACGAGGGGUCGUGGCACGAGGGGCGCAAGCAGGGCUACGGAACGUACACGUUCAGAAACGGAAUGAACAGGUCCGGCGAGUGGGACUGUGGCAGCCUCACAACGCCCCUCCCCCCUAUAUCAGACGCAGUUCUUCGCGCCGUCCAGGCUGCAAGAAAGACGGCAGAAAGUGCGAUCCACCUGCGGCGCGUGGACGAGAAGGUGGAGACGGCCGUGGCUGCUGCGAACAAGGCGGCCACGGCUGCAAGAGUUGCUGCUGUGAAGGCAGUUCAGAAUAGGACCAAUCGAAAGUUUUGCGACACUAACUGUUAAAUACCUGGCCCGCGACCGGGCUCCUAUUAAAGGGGCAAUGAAAGAAAUCGCCACCCCGAUAAGCCGGAGGGAGGCGUGCUCCGAGUAGGUCGACCAUACAUCAAUCUGUACAUAGGAUCCAUGUAUACAUCAUCCUUCCAUGGAGAAAAAAAUGAAUCAUUUUUCAUGGAAGAUCAAAUCUUUUUUGGCUCCCUUUUUCUCUACUUUUGAGUGGGUCAAACUGAAUGGAUGAGGCCCAUGAUUUUGUUGUGUUUGAGUCCAAAAUUCAUGAUCCCAGCCUGUUGUCUGUUUGUUAUUGGAUGAAUAUCUUAUCUAUAAUGUCAGUUCUUGUU